GAUGGAGAAAAGCACCUGCCCCGGGCAGCGAGCGAAGCGAAUCGGAUGCAGGGCGACGCUGCCGCUCUGCUCAGCCACCCCGCACUAAUCCCGGUCCUCCCGCUCCCCGCAACGAGCCGCAGCACCUCCCGGGCCCGGCAAACCCAGCCCCUGGUUCCCUCCCGCCGCCUGCCCUCCGCUGUCCUCCCCGCCGCCUGCAAGAAACACCCCUAAGCCAUCGCACGUACAGUGAAAUAAAGCGGCCCGCGGGCUCUUUAAACAUGUACCUCGCCCCUUCGCCACCGUUCCCGCUCCCUGCAAUAAGCAGCCUUCUCGCUGCUACCCCCGUCGGCGCUAGGCGCACCCCGCCAGCAGCCCGGUGCCAAAUCUUGCGGCGUGCCCUGAACAUGCAUCUUGCUGUCAGCCCAGUAGACCCCCCGACACAUGCAAUAAAAUUCCAUUCGCUGAUUUCCACGCGGUGUUGCAACACGUACUAAAAUCACGUUUCACCGGGCCGCACCGUGGCUAGACACGCGCAUUGCGCCCUUAGCGACUCAGUUCCGCGGCACGCGUUAAAAAUGCCUUUGACUGUUGCUGACCUCAUCCUGCUACCUGUCAAUAUAGUGCAUCUCUCCAUUAUCUCACAAUAAGGCACCAAGAUAUAAAAUGUAUCAAUCUCGGUGACAUCCCAUCACCUCUGCAACCUGCAGUUAAAUGCAGCCCUGCAACAAGUAAUGAAAUCCGUCUAGCCAUGACCUAUUGCAGGAUAAUCUGCAAUAAAAAUCUUUGCAGCUAUUAUUACUGUAUUCGUUUUAUUAUUUACAAGCAUACUGUAGAGUCAGAUAUGGUGUUUUCUCCUGUUUACUGUUUAGGGCCCCAAUCCUGCAAUGGGCUUUCUGUGAGCCUGGAUCCUUACCCCUGUGGGGUUUCCCACUGGAGUGCUGCAGAAAUCAGUGGGGGGAAAUAACUUGGGUUCAGCUUGUCACGGAGUACGUGGGGCCUUGUGUAUAAGCCCUGAUCUUGUUUGCCCUUGAAGUCAUUGGCAAAAGUCCCAUUAACUUCAAUAGGAACAUGAACAGAUGCUAUGGCCCUAAUCCUGCAAUUAGAUCCUUGUGAGCAGACAUGUCUCAAUGUGCAGCCCCCUUCAUUUCAGUUGGGCUUUAUGUGAAUGAAGGAGUCCAUCCCCACAGAUCUAAUUGCAGGAUUGGGUCACAGUUUCUGUGAAAGCAAAUUUAGCUGAAGUUAGACUCUCUGACCACCAUUCUCCUGGAACCUUGCUGGAAAUGGGAUAUUUAUCUCAUGGGGCUGCCGGAGCGCAGAACUCUGCCAGUAGGAAUUUAUUGUUAUAUUUGGGAAGAUUUAAAUGUAUAGCUACCAAGCCUCAAAAUUAAGGUAAUACAGACAACUUUAAAACCACCCUUCUAUAUGUGAAUUCUUUAUUCUGGUUGUUAUCCUGGCCUUAUCAAAAAUGUAUCAAAGGUCCCAGGGGAACAAGAGAGGCACAGAGUAUUAGCCGGAUUUAUCCAGUCUGUAAAUGAAUUAGACCGUGGAAAGCCAAGCGGCUUGCACUGCGUCCAAGGGGAGACUCAGCCUUGCAGUGUUGGGAUCAGGGUCCUACAGGGCAGCUUGAAUUUACACCACGGGAAUUCGGGUGGAAGCUGCUCCUUCGAUCAGCUGGGCCCUACUCCAACCAUCAACUGCAGCUAUUUUGCUACCAGGCCUCCCCAACCUAUUAUUAGCUGCCAGGGGGGGAUUUCCCUUGCCAGUUCACACACUUGCCAUUACGCUGUUCACACAGGCCAGCUUGUUACACACGGGGCAGAGGUUGACGGCGCUUGGGACACUGCACUCACUUUAAAUGACUAUCGCUGAAAGAGGAUACAGGAGACAAAAACAUUUUUCACUGCCUUUUUUCCAUUGAUUGACUUUGUGGCAUUUGACAGCACUUUGCAUGUAGCCUUUCCCCCCUGUCAUUUGUUUGGGUCUUUCACACACCAACGGGAAAGCCAACCAAUUUUUAAAUAUAGGAAAGUGUGGUUGCAAAGCCCUGGAAAUUGGCAGCAUGUCUUAGAGAUAGGUGUAACCUCUGAAACAAUUGUUAACUCUUUUAAAAAAUGAUCUUGUGUUGACUGUCUCUUUAAGUGUUAAGGGGAGUGGCUAGUGAUGCAAAAACUAUGUAAGUGGAAGAGAGAGGAGAGAGAGAUCAGAAGAACUGGAGGAGUGUUUCUGGCAAGUGAUGCCCAGUUUGUCCUCUAAUUCCAGUGCAACUGCGUCAAACACCAUAUUCCAGAGCAGAGUCAGCUCCUUUGAGGAGAACCUUCUAGGAGGGAUUGCCAUGUAACAGCAGAGCAGAUUACAAAUUCUGGCCAGUUACGAAAGGUAGCAUCUAAACAGGCCAGCUUGUUACACACGGGGCAGAGGUUGACAGCGCUUGGGACACUGCACUCACCCUUGAGGCUCUCUUCGUUCAUUCCCCCAAGGCUUCGGGGAGGAUGAUCCCACCUGGGAAAGCGCUUUGUGCUGCUGGGAUUAUAGCCGGGCUCCUGGCUUUCUUUUGGAGAGACACCUUUAACCCAGACAGCGUCUCUGGUGCCCGAGUUCUCCUGACAGGAGCCAGCACUGGGAUUGGAGAGCAGAUGGCAUAUCACUACUCCAGGUUUGGUGCGGAAAUAGUUCUGACUGCCAGGAGGGGAACACUGCUGCAGAAAGUGAUGGAGAAAUGUCUGCAGCUGGGAGCAAAGCAAGUCUUUUACAUCCAGGCCGAUAUGUCUUCCCCUCAAGCCCCGGAAAAGGUGGUGCAGUUUGCUUUGCAAAAAUUGGGGGGACUGGAUCACCUGGUGCUGAACCACAUCGGCGGGACCCCUUUCCGGAUGUGGGACGGAGACGUGGAGCACACCCGCUGGCUCAUGCAGGUGAAUUUCCUGAGUUACGUGGCCUUGGCAUCUGCAGCUCUUCCCAUCCUGGCUGAGAGUAAAGGAUCUCUGAUUGUGGUUUCUUCCCUCACAGGAAAAAUCUCAACUCCCUUCACAACCUCUUACUCUGCCACCAAGUUUGCUCUGGAUGGAUUCUUUAGCUCCCUGCGCCACGAGCUCGCUAUGCAGAAGCAAGACGUAUGCAUCACACUGUGCAUCUUGGGGCUGAUCGACACUGAAAUGGCUUUGGAGAAGACAAGGGGCAAGGUGUACAUGAGCGCCUAUCCAGCCGCUGAAGCCGCGCUGGCCAUCAUCAAAGGUGGAGCCACCAGGGCACGGGAGGUGUUCUACCCCUGGUGGCUGGAGCUGCUGUGCUGCCUGCGGGAUUGGUUCCCCAACCAAAGGGAUGUCGUUAUACAGAGCUUCUAUAACUACACCAGCGCCUGAGUGAUGCAGAACCGCCAUUCCCUUCGCCCUGCAAGUACAGGCGCAAGGCCCUCGGCUCCUGCUGAGGUCAAGGUCAGCCACUGGCUUCAGUGCGAGCAGCAUUUGGACCUGGAACAAGAAAUGUCCGGAAAUCCUUGGCUAAGGGUCCAGUAGCAACCUUAGUUCUGACCCUUCCUCUGUCCCCAUCAACCUUAACUCUGACCCCUCCUCUGUCUCCAUCAACUUUGGCUCUGACCCCUCCUUUGUCCCCAUGAACCUUAACUCUGACCCCUCCUCCAUCCGUAUCAAUGUCUGACCCUUCCUUCUUCCCCAUCAACCUUAACUCUGACCCCUACUCUGUCCCCAUCAACCGUAACUCUUUACCUGUUCUGCUCCCUGUCUAUAUUCCAUGCAUGCUCCAAAGACCUCGCACUGUCGUCUGAUUGACGCUACCUCAGCGUCUCAUGCCCCUUGCCGCGUUGACUCCAGCCUCUGCAGCCUCAUCCAUCCAUUCAUAUGGGCUGGAGUCUCCCCUCUGCCCCAGCCCACGAUCUCCCAGGGCUAGGGAUAAAGACUUCUCAGAUGCAGGAUAGAAACCAUCCUCCCAGCUGGGAAACCUACCUGUCACCCCCACCUCAAUGACACCCCCCCCCCCCCCAGCUGCUAUGGAAUCCAGUGGAUUUUGUGGGUGCUCCGCCCUUCUGAAAAUCAGGCUAUUUUAAGACCUGUGCAAAGCUAAUUUGAAUGAACGAGCGAGGCAGCUUGGCCACCGCAAGGUGGCAGUAGUUCGCAGCGAUUAGCAGCGCAGAACCCGAGCUGUGGACAAGGUCAGUUCGGUGGCUUUCUCCAGGGCACGGGGCCAAAUACCAUUCAGUUAAGCUCAGGGAAUUCACGUAGUGCUUCUAGUCUGGCAGCGUAACGGUAGCAGUGAACUGGGCCACAGCGGGGUCUCGCACUCAGACUAGUGCUGGGCCUGGUGCUUAUAACUCAGGUAACUGACAAUGCCCAAGUAACUGUCGUACAAGGUUGUUCCCGUGUGAGCCGAGUUGUGUUAGAUUCGUUCGUGCGCUGCCUGGAGGGGGAGGGACGGCGAACAGCUGCGGGGUGGUCUUUGAAAGAGAUGGGUGAGACGGAGAAAGUAAAAACAGAGCAGGGACGAAAUCCUGCCUCAGUGGAAUUUUGCUGGCUGCCAGGGGACCAGGGAUUUAAGAAGGAAGGGUCUGUUUGAGUGUGGGUAGCUACUUGGGAGCAGAGACAGUAGUCAAAUCAGAGAAAUGUAGGGCUGGAAGGGACCUCAAGAGGUCACCUUGUCCAGCCCCCAGUGCUGAGGCAGGAUUAAAUAUACCAGUCCCCAAAAGUUUACAGUCUAAACAGACCAGAGGCAGAUUAUUAUCACCCUGUUGAAUUGAGUCCCAGAGAGAGGUGGACUGACUCGCCCAAGGUCCUACAGGGACUCUGGCACAGCUGGGAAUCAACCCCCAGGUCCUAGGCCUUUAAUCACAAGGCCACCCUGCUGCCCUACCAACAGAGCUGUUCACAAUCAAGAUGAAGGCAGAGAAAAUAAAGCAGAGUUGGGCAAAAA